UGUGGAACGAUGGUAGUGCUCCUCCUUGUGAGUUUUGGGAAGGUGGUAAAAACGUUAGUUUGGAGCGGUCAGGUCCUCAGUCACCAUCAUCUUUUCUAAAUGUUAAUACGUUUCUCCCAUCGUAAAGGAGAGCAGAUCUAACACUGUUACUGACUAGCGUUAAAUAUAUAUAGUUAUACUGCAGAGAAGAAUGCACGUUCUGAAACCAAACCUAAUAUUUUGAAUGUUAGGACAAUACAAGAGACACACAAAUAAAAGUGAGGCCAAUCACCUCUACCAUCAUAAACAGCAAAUGAGGUAAUAUCUUUAGUGAGAAUUGUGUUCAUCCCUCCGGUAGAGUUCCACACACUUAGAGAAUCAGGUUGGUUUUAUCCUUAACUGACAACAACGAUUAAAUAGAAUAGGAACUAUCCCGUGUAACUGAGGCUGGGGACAAAGUGGCCAUGACAUUUUAAAAUAACAGGCUAACAUAGGUUAUUAUCAAAUGGCCUUGCAGGCCAGGUAAAUUGUAACACAUUCGUCCUUCGCCGUCAACAAUAACUCUUAACAUCAUAUAGAUCAACAACAUAAUCAAAUCUGACAAUACCUUGUUCCAACGUUCUGUCGAGGACAAAACCAAAAUGUAUCACGUGUAGCAUGUCCAAGCUACCAGACAAUAGUGCGAACAAGGCAAACAACAGAGCUCUCAGCCGCUAACUUACUAUGGGAGCUAGGUUAGCUAAUGUAGCUUAACGUUACCUAUGCAAUCUCCUAGCUACAGUAACGUUAGCCUGUUAUUGCAACAUCAAGACCGAAACUUACGAGAUUGAGCGGGCUGUCCGCGACCUCCAUGGAGUCGAUUUUUCGAUGGCUUACACUACAUGAACGGUGUCUCUGUCCCUCACGGACUGUCAUACGCACUGUGAUUAAAAAAAUCUUAAAGAAAAAUAUUGUAAGAAAAUUACAGUCAGGGAAGCACAGUCCCCUCCACAGCCAGAGCUGCGUCAACGCGUCGUGACGUCACAGCCGCUCUACGCUACAUUUUGGUCAGACGUUAAGCUGCGUAAAGUUACCGGGAAUAGAACAGUCUUGUCCUCAAAUUCGCCUAAAAACCUAAAAAUAAAAGCAUUUAAGUUAUCAUAACAAUGUACGUAAACGUAACGCAUGGGAUUUGACACAUCUGUAUUUCUGUAAGAUUUAUUUACACGUUGAGUCCGACCUCUCACUGGACGUGGACAGCAUUUAAGUAACGUUAGUGGUUUUAUUGCGACAAAAGGAAUUGCUCUGUGUUACUCUGUCUAACUUGCCACGCUAUUUUGUUUUCGUAAUUGACAGACGAGGUAGUUAAUUCUACAUUUAAUGUGGUCAGUGGGUUUCAAAUAGCAUAUAAUUCACCGGAUUAACUUUUACAGCAAAUUUAACAGAUAUCACAUUAGCGGUUUGCUUGUUUGGGGGUAGACUGUGUAGCUAACGUUAGAUUACUUCAGCCAGUUAGAGCUAACAUUACUGAACCAGGAUAUUAAACGUAGCACAAAGCCAGCAGCGAAAGCACAGAUGUUGAUGAAAAAGAGAGGCCAUACGUGUUUGAUAGCGUCCAGCAUGGCCUCUUUGGCUGUGCUCAUGCUGGUGCUAUACGGCACCAUUGGCACACAGCAGCCAGGCAGCUCCGGCCUCAGAUAUGACUACCAGCUGCUGGGCAGGCCCCUGUACAAACUGGACCUGAGCUGGCCCAGGAACCCAGAGCUCUUCACCGGGGAGGUAUUUGGUGUGGCUGUCAACCAGUAUACUGGUGUGGUGUAUGUGGCACAGAGAGGUGACAAUGUUCCCAAGGUGCUGGUGUUCACCACACAUGGAGAUUUCCUCAUGUCCUGGAACACAACCACCCUGGAAAUGCCUCAUGGGAUAUUUUUAGCAGACGCUGCCUCAUUAAACCCCACUGUGUGGAUCACAGAUGUGGGGAACGGUCCAUACGGCCACUGCAUCAAACAGUACUCGCCAUCUGGGAAGCUCCUGCAGGUGCUUGGUACACCAGGGAAGGCAGGCUCUGGGUUGAACCCUCUACAGUUCGACCAGCCUGCUGAGAUCUUCGUCCACGACUCUGGAGAGAUGUACAUCGUGGACGGUGACGGUGGGAUGAACAAUCGCCUCAUCAAGCUGUCCAAAGACCAGGAGGUGUUAUGGAUGCACGGAGAGAAAGGACAAGGCCUGGCUCAGUUCUACAUCCCCCACAGCGUGACCGUGGAUCACGCCCAGAGAGUGUGGGUGGCCGACAGGGGGAAUAAGAGGAUCCAGGUCUUUAACUCAGUCACCGGGGACUGGCUGGGGACUUGGGGGAGCUGCUUCACUGAGGAUGCACCCUACUCUGUCCGCCUGACCCCAGAUAAGAAGUACUUUGUCGUUGUCCAGCUCAACACCAACCAGAUUUCACUGCUGGAUGCCCCACCGGUGGGUCUGAUUGGCCAGUGCACAGUGAUCAGUGUGAUCCAGCUGGCUGAUGAAGUGAGGCCCCAUUUCGUAGACCUGGACCUAAAGACAGGGGCCCUGUAUGUGGCUGAGAUUGGAGCGCAGCAGGCCCAGAAGUUCACCCCCUUCAAUCUGGGUGGGAGUAUCCUGUAGAGUAGAAAUGGUAUGAUGAUCAGAAACUAACUCUGCCAAUCAUAAUCGUUAAAAAUGGGCUUACGGGUUAUGUAAUUUGCAAUCAUGUGACCCAAAAAUUCACAAAACAAUUCUUUGUUAAUACGGUGAGCCUUACUAAUAAGACAAGAUAUCUAAGGUUACAAUGUCUAAGGUAUCCCCUGACAAGCCUGUCUCAUAGAAAGGACAUUUUUAUACUAGUAGUUGGCAACAGCAAAUACAUUUUUUUCAAUACAUUUUCAUCAAAACUCCCACGAAAGGGACAAUAUAUUUCUUUUGUCUUAUAAUAUCUGCUUGUAGCAAAGAAAGCAUGAUUCUUGUUUCUGUUUGGGCAACACACAGCACUUUGAUAAAGCUUAGGGAAAGCUAGUGGUCAUGUUUUAAUGCUAAAAAAGUCAACGGUGACUUUAUGUAUGAGGCAGGAUGUUUUUUCUUUUUGAUAAGUUGACCAAAAUCUCUGUCUAUCCAAAGUGUUGUAGAAGCCCAAUCCUUGCCUUGUUUGGGACGCAGCAAACCCUGGUCUCUGGUCUCUGAGUCCUGCAUUGUAAACAAACAGAGAACCUCAUGGACUGGAAGAAACAAACUCAAUCUGUAUUGUAUACUGAUAUAAAAAUCAGACCACUUUGACCCAGCAGAUUUAAUAUCAGCAAUAUUCAAGGGUCAGAAAAAAAAGAUCAGGACAUCCCCACUUUGACGGACCCAUCUGAUGUUAGAAUGAGAAAUAUGUAACAUAGCAUUCAACAGUCACUUAAAGCUGUGCCUGGUAACUAACCCGUCCACUAAGUAUGUGCUGCUAAAAAGUUAACAAUAUUCAGAAUUCAGUACUACAAUGGAAUUCAACUGAAAGGACAUCAGUGACAGAAAAUGAUUGAAAUCCUUGCUCUGUAAGCAUUUUUGUAAAACAGAAGUAGAAAUAUCCGUGGGUCCUUUCAAUAAUUGGUUUUAGGAAAAUCCUUCCGUAAAGUUGGAAACAAAAGCAUCUCUGCAUUUAAUUUAUUAACGAGCACUUACAGAAAACCAGGUUUCUUCACAGUAAAUAGGUGUAUCACAUUGUUGGUUAUAGAUAGACUGUUAUCAGUAAUUGCUGAGCGUAUGAGUUUUUCCUAAAUGUUUGGUGUUAUGGGCCAUCUUUAUUUUUCUUGGCUUUUCACUGCUUGAAAAGACGAGACCUUCUCAGAGGCAGAGGUGUGUUCCUUUCGUUACUGCAGACACUUUCAGCUCUGUAGAGUCAGCCUUGUUCAACUUGCCAGUUUAUUGCUGUUUUUUAUACAUUUAUAUGAUUCCACGUGUAUACAUGUGGAAAGGCUGGAACUGAAUUGUUUUGCACACAGUUUGAUCUGAGUUGUCUUUGAAUAUUAUUGGAUCAGAACGCACUUCACAAUGCAGUGUAAAAAUACAGUAUGAUUCAUUCUUUCUGAAAGCGGAGUUUACCAUUGUAGAUGUGUCUUUUUCUCCUUUAUGAAUCAUAUAAUUGUUUUGCAGAAUCCCCUGUAUUUUGAUGUAUUCAUUACAUUGAGAGAAGUAAUGUGACUCUGUUUUGCCACUAUCAGUCACUCUGCAGGUUCUGUGGGAAAGUGAUUUGUGAUUCCCCAUGGCAAUUCAGAGAGGUAGGAAGUGAUACGUGUGGCCCCUUGGUGCUGUUAGUGCAGCAGUUCUUCAGCAGAGUGAAAAGGGAUUCAUACUGUAUAGAGUUGUAGGAUUGCUGCGCUUACUUGCAGGGCAGUGCAGAACUCCAAUAAUGAGGCUACAUGGGAAUCCUGCUUUAGACCCUGGUGAAUGCACACAGUAUAUCAGACCUCCUGGAGGAGGUUUGUCAAGUGUCAGAGAAAAUUCCAGCUCGGGCCGCGAGUGAAAAACAGGAAGCUGACAUUACUAACAGGUAUGGAUUUUGAAAUGAUGUGGGCCAGGCAGGGAUGGUCUGACAAAAAGAUGCUAUUGCAUUAUGGAAGAUGUAGAAUUCAGCCUUUUUGGAGUUUGACCGACACAAGAGACUAAAACUCAAGAUAUCUUGUCCCCUGCUGGUUCAAUGAUGCCCAUUCUGUUUUGAAUCUGUGUGUUGGGAAUCCCCCAACUUUAUGGAAGUGCAAUACUAACUCACUGGAGUAGUCCUGUAAUGAUUACCUGAUUAAUGUGUCUGAUUUUAACAAUCACAAUGGACUAUUUGUGUUUUGUUAUUUUUUCACUUUAAUAUAUGUUCUAUUUUAAAUCAGUAUAUCCAGGCUUUAGUUUGUCUCUGCUAAAGUGGACUGAAGUCAUUUUGUAGUUUAGAAGUGUUAUCAAUGCUUUUACCACCACUUCCUUAUGAUUCCCAUAGUCUGGGAAAUUGUGUUUUCUUUAUCUACAUAGUAAUUAUCUCAACAAAGCAGACAGCAGUUUUCUCAUGAUGAAUGAAUUAUCUUAUUGUCUUCAGAUAACAAAUAAUGCUUUUGUGUUGUCGUAUUUAUUUUUAAGACAUAACCGUCUCCAUCCAUCCAUCCGUCCAUCCAUCGUCAACCGCUUAUACAGGGUCGCGGGAUAACCGUCUCAUAAUAAUGAUUUAAUUUUAAUAUGAAUGUCAUUUUGUGAAGCUAACUGUUUGAAGUUGUGAUCUCCAGAUGGCUAGCAGCCUAUCUACAACAAGUGUGAAAUCUGCCCAUGAUGCAUUUUUAUGUCCUCAUAAAGUGAUGAGAUUAAAUGAUGUCUGAAUUAAGUAUAAUUCAGUUCAAUUCAAACUUUCUUGCAGACUCACAAGAGGGUCCUUGGCAAAAAAAAAUACAUUCAAGAUAAAACCACCACAAAAGGAAAAUAGUCCGUAUGUAACACCUCACCAGUAUUUUCUGAUUCUGGAUGUCGUAUCGAUAGACGUGCCUCACAUGUAGAACACAAAAAGUCCGGCACCUCAUAAUUGACCUAAUUGCUUUAUUUGGUGUCAUCUUCAUGAUUUUCCAUAAGUGAAAUGUGGAUGAUGCAUUUGUUUGCAUACAGCAGUGUCUUUGCACUGGGUUGCACUGGAAAAUGUAUUUUAACCAUUUCUCCAUUCCAAAUGACACAGUGAGUUGGCCUGUACAUGUGGGGGUCAAAGAGCGUGUUGGUUACGUAUGUGUAUGUUGCGUGGGCCAUAUAUGUAAACUGUGCGUAAAAAGUGCAAUUUGUUGUGGAAAAGAGUUUUGUUUUUCAUUUUUAAGUCAUUUUUUCUUCAAAUUAAAAUAAUUUAAUCAUA